GAUUAUCUGUUUCUUACGCGUGGACUUCAAAUUCUGCAUCGGGGUUCUGCAGUCUGCGUUCUGCGGUCUGCGUGGCAAUGCUACCCGAGUCUUUCUGACUGUCAUGCCUCUCAUCUUCAAUGCUACGGAAUGACCUGGACUUGGAGGCUUGGACCCAUCAGCAUCAGCAUCAGCAUCCCUUGGCCGCCUCCACAUGCACGGAUCGCACGUCCACUCCUGCCUGGUCGGCCUCUAGAGCUGCAGUCCUCUCUGUAAGAAGGCAAGCAAGGGAAAAAGCUGGACUGGGACACUCGUAAACUGGAGAUGGCUAUGCCGCCAUGGUGGCGGAUGGACGUGCGCCGGAGCUAGAUGGUAGUCGCAGCAGGUUGUUGGUUGUUGGUUGUUUGGAUUCCAUGACAGCUGAGUCGCAAAGUUUCGCGCUGGUUUUGGUGCAAUCCACCGUUAGAGCCUCCAUGCCAGUAUCGGGCGACCCGGCAGGGCGUGGCUGCCAAUCACAGGCGGCGCUGGGGCCCAAUGACAGAUGGACCAGACGACCUGGUGCAGCCUGCGUUGCACUCUGUCCUGACCGGCGAUGCAAUCGAUCAGGACCACGACCAAGAGGGGCGGCGUCUUGCAGGACGGAGGUCUGGGGGGGGGUCUCGCUGAACGAUGCAGGUGACCCAGGCGGGACAAGGGCUUUGGGCAAGGUGCAUCAUGGCCUGCGUACCGUGUACACGAGACCAGGUACCGCGCCGCGUCCCGAGGUACAGUACCUGCUCCCCACCUUGUUCCAACGUCGCCCUGCGGUGCUGCAACGUCCCUGUCCCGCUGUGGCUCUUCCACCGUCGCCGCCGUCGCCGCCUCCUCCACAACUCACACCUCGCCCACCACUACCACGACCAUUACCACGACCACUCGGCCAUCUCGACCACACACACACUCUUCUCGCACGCACUCCCGGGCUUGACCUUGACCUUGAAUCUCCCCGACACCUCCUCCUCCGCCUCCAACGGGCCCCUCCAGCCGUACUCCGUACUCCGUACCCAGCAAAAAGAACCCGCCCCGAAGCGCAGCCUUGCCAUUUGCCUAGGGAUGCGGACGCGGGCACAGGCAGACCUGGGCGUGAUGUGAAUGCACACACCUGCCUCUGCGCAUGCGCCUCAAGCCCCGACUCCCUCCUCCUCUUAUUCUCGACGCUGGAGCCCUACCUGCGUAUCCCCCUCUCACAUUCUCCCAACUACCGCUGCGGCUACUGCUUCUUCUCCUGCACGUCACCUCGUUCGAACACUCCUCUUUCUUCUGAGCCCUCCUUCUCCCCGCAUCGAGCUCGUGCCCUUGCUCUUUCGCUUCUUGUUGUCGCUCGAGGUGCCCGGUCCUCCAGCAGCCUAAAAGAGUCCCCCGUCGCCAAGAGGCCAGGACGACCCCACGAACCGCGAACCACGUCCCACGCCUCCCGCCAACUUCGACUUCUUUCAGCCUCCCCCCCAACAAACUCGUCUUCAAGUCCCGCCAUCUUCCCCAGUUGACUCCUGCUCGGGGCUUGUGGCCUGUCUACCGUUUCUUGCCAUUGCGUGCGCCCACGUCGGUGCUUUGUCGCUCCCACGGAUUCUACCCCAGUCACGGUUUCGCAAUGUGCUAGAAGCACCAAGCUCCCUCAACGAAUCUUCGUGUUUGUGGUAUUAGCAUC